AUGUUAAAUGUUGUACGAACUCAAUGUCUUGUUCUUUCUGGACAUAUUCUCUGCAAAUUGAUUCAAUUUACACUUGGCAUUUUACGAACAACAAAUAUUGAUUUACGACGAGAAACAUGUCAAUUAUGUGCAUCAAAACUUGAAGCUUUUUAUCAUUUUCGUCCAUUGAUGACAAAAGAAGAUCAUGAAUAUACAGGUGAUGGAAAUAUUAUUUUGAAUCAAACUGAAUUAGAUUAUUAUAAACAAUUUUUGACUGUAAUGGAUUAUCAAACAUCACUUAUUCAUGAAUUAUCAAGAAAACCAGACCAAACCCUUCAACGAAUAUUUGUACUUGAACUUCAUGAUUUACUUAUAAGAUCAUUAACUCGUACUAUUUGUUUUUAUCAGCCAUUUAUUGAUUUUAUUUGGAAAAAAUAUUCUCCAGCUGUUAUUUCAUUUCUUGGUAGUCCAAUUAUUGAUGCCCGAUGUAUAAUGUAUGUUAAAAGUAAUGCAUCUGAUCCACAUCUUCGACGAAUAGUAUAUAGAAUUAUUUUAAAUUUAAUUUGCUUUAUUGCACCAAUCGGUUCAUUACGUACUGUAAGUGAAACACUUUUUCAACGUUUAUGUUUAUCUCAAACAACAAAUGAACGAUCGGAUUUACUUAUUGUAUUAAAUGAAGUGGUUACAAGUCAAUCGUUAAUAUCGCUUAUAUCGCCACCUUGGAUUAAUUCAGUGGAGGCAACUAAUGAUUCUGAUUUGAGUUUAUUUCGAAAAAUUCUUUCAAUAAUUGCUGAAUGUUCAUCAUCUGAUGAUCGAACUUUAGUUAAUAAUGCUUAUCUUUGUCUUAAUCAUUGUCUUGAACAAUUAUUAAAAUUUUGUGAUGAAGCAUUAUUUUUUGAUAAUGAUGAAGAACAAUCUAUUCGAAAACUUUAUAAAAAAUUUCAUUAUCCUAUUGUACCAUUAUUUAUUGAUACCAAUAAUCUUUUAAAUUUAUUAAAAAAUGAAAAUAGAAAUAGAAAUGAAAUCUCUUUAACAUCCGAAUCAUCAACAUUAGAUAAAGUUAAUUUUUAUAUUUAUCAUUUAAAAAUCCUUCUUAAAACAAGUGAUGAACAACAUAUAACAGCAGUGUCCGAUUUCGAUGAUGCUUUAUUACAAUUUUCAUCUUUUAUUAGUAAUGAAUAUUCAUCAAAAAUGUCACUUUCAUUAGAUCCAUUCACAGCUAUUGUUACAAAUCCUGAUGGAAUAUAUGCAAUAACUAUUUGGUUUUUAUGGUAUUGUUGUCGAAGACAAUUACAACAGUUAUUUGAUUCAAAUAUACUGUCAACUAUUUCAAAAAGUGCAUUUGUAGCUGAUAUAAUGAAUUGUGGUUUGAUGCUUUGCAUUGAGCCAGAUUGGAUGGAUACAUUAUAUGACGUUCAUUUCGAACAAUUUAAUAUUUUUGACGAUCUUUCAGAACAAUUUAAAAUAGUUCUGCAUCAAAUGUUAAUAGAUAUUCGUUCAUUUAAUAUUCGAUCUGUUAAAGCAGCUAGUGGAGAUUUAACAUCUAGGCAUGAAGCAAAAUCGAUAGCACUUUCAAUUUGUCAUCGUUUGAUACAAAUGUGUUGGAGUGCAUUAUUAGGGGCAUUGACACCGAUGCUUACAAAGAAUCAUUCAAUAGAUUCAGAUCUUACAGCAUCAAAUUUAAUUUUAUCAAAUACAAUAAGUGAAAAAUUUAUUGAAACACAUGAACUUGUUUUUCAAGGUUUAAAAUUAAUUUUUCAAUUAGCUGUUACUGUUGGAUUGCCGGAUAAUGCUUGUUAUGUUCUUCAUUGUGUCGUUAGUACAAUUGAACAAGGUUGGCUUAUAGAUAAUCAAAGAAAAAUAUUUACAAAACAUAAUCGUCUUCAUUAUCUUGACAUAAUGGCAAUUAAUUUUAUUCUUCAAUUAUAUAUGAAUGAUAUUAGUAAUUGUCCAAGUAUUACUUAUAAAUAUAUAUUAAGAUGUUGCGUUCAUUUAUGUCUUUUGGAAAUGCAAUGUUGUCCACCAAAAGAAAAACUUGAUUUAACACUUCAUCAACAUGGACAUGUUUCUUAUGAACUCAAUAAUGGAAAUUCAUCAUCAUCGUCAAAUGAUUCAUCAACUACAUCUCUUCUUCAAUUGUCGAAUAUUGAUAAAACUGGUCAUAUUCAUGAUAAAUCAUGUGCAAAUAUUCUUCAAGCAUUGUCUUGUCGAUCAGACAAAUUAUUUGAACUUGUCGUUCGUCAUCUCGAUCUGGAUUCAUUACUUGAAUUUUUCGAACAAAUUCGUUUAUUAACUGAAACACCAAUACCAAAAAGAACAAUCGAUAUAGCUCCAACACCUCCACAAAAUCUUUUUCCAAUGCAUGUAGUUAUCGAAAGAAUCGGUGAUAUGACAUUGGGAAUUAUUGCAUCACUUCGACCACGUUAUCAUGUGUGUAAAGUAUGGAGUUGUGUUUCACAAUUAUUUAUUCAAGGAGCAACACAUCGAGAUAUUCAAUUAGCAAAACGUACUAUAUCUCAUAUGCAUAGAGAUUUACGUUCAUGGCUUUCUGUUCGUCCAGAAUAUCCUAAUUUUCAAUUGAAUGAAACUUUUUUUAAACCAUUUGAACAUUUAAUUUGUACGGAACAAUGUGACAGUAUUGUUGAAAAUCAAAUUGUUAAUUCAAUAUGUGAACUUGUCGAACUAAAUACCAAUGCAAUAAUGUCCGGUUGGCGUUCAAUAUUUGCUUGUUUGAAAGCAGUUAAAAUCGAACAACACCGUCGUUCUAUUGAAAUAAAUACUACCGUAUCAAAAGAAAAACAAAAUGAUGAAGAUGAAACUGAACAAGCAGGUGUUGAACUUUAUCGAGUUAAUGCUAUAUUAGAAGUUCUUGAAGCAUUUUUUUCAUGUGAAAAUCUUAAUGUUAUAUCACAAGCAUCAGUUGAUUGUCUUCAAUGUUUAUUUUGUUAUUUACGUGAACCAGAACCAUUUACACCAAUGGUUAAUAGUCCAUUUGGUGAUAGUUUUGAUGAAAAUGAUGAUGAACAUAAUCAAAUUGAACUUGUUAUGCCAGCUUUAAAUAUGAUACAAAAGUUCACUACUAUUUUUAUUCAUUGUUAUGUUACAUCAUCAAAUCAUGUUUUUGCUACAAAAAAACGAACUCGACAAUUUGAAUCAACAUCGUUUACUUAUUCGACAUUUUCAAAUUUUUCGUCAUCAUUUUUUUCAUAUCUUGAUAUAUCAACAACAUCUGAAACAAUUCUUCGUUCAUUUGAAUUUAAACUUGUUGGUUACAUGAGACAAUUAUCAGAUGAUCUUGAUAUUAUCGAUAAUACAACACAUCUUCUUAAUGUUUGGUCAUAUAUGAUUGAAGGUCUUACUGAUACCAUAUUUUCAUGUUCAAAUCAUUAUCAUAUUAAAAUAAUUGAUCAAUAUUUUGUUAUUUUAAAGUUAACAUUUGAUAGUGUUGGUCAUCGAUUUUCAAUUUGUCUUAUCUGUUGUGUUAUUAUUCCAUGGUUACAAUCAUUUGUGUGUUCAAAUUUUUUAAAAAUGACUUCAUCAUUAAAAAAAUUAACUAUAUUUCGACGACAUGCACAACGACAAAAUUCAACAUUGAUGAAUAUAACAGCUUGGCGUUUAUUUCUUGGAAAUUUACUUGAACAUAUUUUGUAUAUAUUUGAAAUGGCUAAAGAAUUUGAAGAAUAUCAUCAUAUUUUAUUUGAUUGUUUUCAGUCAAUGUUAAUCGAUUGGCUUUGUGUUGCUAAUGAAUAUGUUGGCCGUCUUGGUUUAUCCUGUAUUAAACAUCUUAUUUCAAAUAUAUCGAAAAAAUUUGAUCAAUCACUUAAAUCAAUAUGUAUUGAUAAUCUUCAACAUGCCCUUUUACUUACAUCAUUACCAACAGAAUAUUUAAUGUAUGAAUUUCUUGUUUCGUCACCUGAAGAUCUUCUUCAUAAUGUACGUGUUUUUGUACAAAAUGAUUCAAGUUCAUCUAUAUUAUCAUCAUAUGGAAUAGCUAAUGGUGAUAUUUCUAUUUUCCCACUUUGUCAACAACUUUUUAAUGAGCAUUAUCAACAUCACCAACAACAACAGAAAGUUAUCGAAGGAAAAUUCUUUCGAUUUACAUUUCGAACAAAAACAGCAAUGAUAAAUGAUCCUAAUCCACAUGAAAUACAAAUGAAAACUUUUGUUUUUUUAAAUUAUUUUCAUUUACAAUUAAUUCAUAUUGUUGGUGAAUUGAAUUGGUCAGAAUUAAUACCAUGUUUAAGUCAAACAAUUGAUGUAGCUGAACGUUUUGAUUCAGCUAUUAGUAAUUUUGGUUUAAGAAAUAUUUUACAGCAAUUAUUUAAUUUUGAUCCACCAGCUGUAACAUUUCAACAUAUUAAACGAAUUGCAUUUCAAUAUCUUGUCGAUUAUUUAAUGCGUGGAGUUAAAGAGGAACUUGUUAACCAAUCAAUUCAAUCAGCUAAUUCUAGUUUACAACAAGAAAUUAAUGAACAGUUAGACAACAAUCCUAAUGAAUAUAUAUCAUUUCCCGAAACACAAUCACCUAAGCAAGAAACAGUUGAAGAUAUCGAGAAAAAGAAAGGAUUUUUUAAUCAAUUUGCAUCAUAUAUUGCUACAAAUCCACAUAAUUAUAUUGAUCUAUUAAAAAUGCUUGGUGACGGUAUAGCUGAUUUACUUUUUACUGGUUCAAAUCGAUUGGAAACUUGUACAGAAAUGAAUCAAACUGGUCUAUAUCUCUUACGAGCAGAUCAAGAUUUAAUUGCUAAAUUUAUACCAUCAACAGCACAAACAAGUUUAAAACAAUUUUUCAUAUCUGAAAAUGAAACUGAAUAUUUUGUUGUUAAUCAAGAUAUGAUUUCUCGUGUAUUGCACGACCAUAAAAUAAUACGUAAGGUAGAUACAACAAAUGUAUCAUCGCCUGUACAUCGUAAAAGUUUAUCAGCUCAAUCACCAUCAUCAACUCAUCAUCCAUUCUUCUCACAAACUUUAUUUAAUGAAACUACAAAAACCAUAACUGAUGAUCAACGUACAUUACAAGAGACACUUUCUACACGAAAUACCGAACAUAUAUCUGUUGCUCUUAAACAUUAUGUUGAUGGAUGGAAUGAUUUAUGUUUAUAUUUAGCUACUGCAUUACAGGAAAAUGGUUGUUGGUGUUCAUCAACAGGAUCUAAUAAUAAUCUUCUUAUAUCUUCUCUCGAAAGAUGGCUAUUUGUAUGUGCAACGAAUGCUACAAAUCGACAACUUAAAAAUUUACUUUUGGAUAUCUUAAUGAAAUAUGGAGGAAAAGAAACAAUUAUUACACGAACAUAG